AUGCUCCCAUCGUCUUGUGAUUGCACAACAAACUUCGCCUACGCUGGUGCCACUGCUCUGGGAAUCGAGUAUUUCCAGGAAAGGGACGUGCCAGUCCUAGUGAACGUAUCCUUUGACAACGAGAUUCGGUGGUUUCGCUCAAAAAGGGAGAGAUGUGAUCCUAGAAAGUCUGGUCGUGUUGCUGCUCUCGUUGGUGGAAGUGGAAAUGACUACAAUCUGAAGACGUCAGGAAUCGAAGCGUAUCAACUCUUGGUUUCCGAAGGCAUUAGAACGGUGAGUGUUCUCAACGUGCCACAGCCAGCAUGCACACCAGACUAUCGCUUGAGACAUCCGGCCGAGGAUCUGGACGAGUUUGGGUGCGUUAGGGCGAUUGGAGAAGUUGUCAAGAGGCACAACUCGAUGCUGGAAGCUGCUUUGCUGGCCCUGUAUAACAAGCCACAUUCAAGCGUGAGGAUAUUCGUCUUGAAUCGCUACAAAUUCCUCAAUGACGUGCUCAGAGACCCGAUGAAAUAUGGUAGUUCAAAGUUCAAAGUUGUUCUCAAGUUGUCUCCGAGUUUUUCUCCCUACCAAUGUAUGGAGAUUUCUGUCACAGGGUUUGAUAGGGAUAUCACACACGUAGCUUGUUGUGGGGGUGGCAUACAACGCGAGUGUUCCGUGUGGGGGACAGAUUCCUUGCGCAAACCCUCAGGAGCACGUCUACUUCGACUUCCUUCACUUCACAGACCAUUUUAA